AAGCGCUCGUAAGCUCGAUCACCCGGAUCGCCGUACCGAGAAAUAUUGUGCAUGUGGCACGCACGCCGGAUGGGUCGGCUGUAAUCAUCAAUGCAUUCUUUCUAGCUAAUAUGAGGGGACUCAUAUGGUUUUACAUACUGUCGUUAUGCUCCAGUCAACUUGGAGCCGACAAGAAGAUCAACAAAUAUGUGACGACUUUAAUAAACGCCAAAUGGAACGAGACGCCUCUCGUUCUCGAGGCAGCUGAAUAUCUCAGUGACGAGAACCCAAGUUAUCUUUGGAAGUUUAUCGAUUCGUAUUCCAGAAGGAUUAACGAUCUUGCGCCGGCUACACAGAGGGAGAGUUACGAUAUGAUUCUGGAAUUAGCCGAAAGGUAUCUGUCCGAGUCUGAGAUGGCAGUCUUUAAGUUAGGAUUGUCGUUACGUAUUUAUUCCGCACGCGUGGAAAUGUUCUCUCAAAUGGCUGUGAAUAAAAAUGUCUCUUCAUACGGAUGCGACAAUGUUGUUAACAUUGGUGCAACGUUUACCUGUUCUCCAGAAGAUGUAGAUAAAUUGCUCGAGCAGGAUACAUGGGAAACUGUAGACACCUACGAUGUGGAUCAUCGAUAUUUGAGCACUCCGGAAUCGGAUAAAGUAGUGAUAUUGUACGGCCAGAUCGGGACUCCUACGUUCUCCGAUUUUCACGAGAAACUGAAAAACAUAGCGGAAACGAAAGGGAUUAAUUACAUUCUUCGUCAUUAUGUUAAGGAGAGGGACGAUAAGAAAUUGCGUUUAUCGGGCUACGGUGUAGAACUGCAAAUGAAAUCUACAGAGUACAAAGCGACUGAUGAUUCGGAUAUCAAAGACAACACAGGAAAAAAUUCUGAGGUGGCAAACGAUGGCAUGGAGGAAAUUGAGGGGAUCAACUUUAUGACUUUAAAGAAAUUACAUCCGGAUCAGCAAGCUGAACUGGAUAAAAUACAGACGUAUUUACUGGAAACCAGUCACGAGAUCGGUGCUUUUAAAGUCUGGCAGUUUCAAGAACUGAGCCAUCAGGCAGCAGAAAGGAUAAUGAAGUCCCCUUCUGCAGAAGCGUUGAACAUCUUGACUGAUAUAUCGCAGAAUUUUCCCAUGCAAGCAAAGUCGCUGAUUCGAACUAAAGUAAACAACGAUAUGAAGAAAGAGAUGAAACUGAAUCAGGAAAUAUUCAUGGCAAGUCUAAAUAUACAACCAACUGAUACAGCGCUCUUCAUCAAUGGCUUAUUUUUUGACCUAGAAGCUAUUGAUGUGCUAACUCUUUUAGAAUCUUUGAGGAGCGAGCUACGAGUGAUGGAAGCUCUUCAUAAAAUUGGCUUUAGUAACAGGAAGAUGAGUAAACUGUUAGCUUUGGAUUUAUCAGGAGGCAUGGAUAGUCAAAAUUUUGCAAUGGAUAUAAGAGAUUCCGCAGUUAAUUGGAUUAACGAUAUCGAGAAUGAUCCACGCUACAGUAAUUGGUCGCCGUCGUUAACUGAAUUACUACGGCCAACGUUUCCUGGCAUGCUCAGAAACAUUAGAAGAAAUUUAUAUAAUCUAGUAUUAAUUAUUGAUCCUUUAAGUGAAGAUUCCAUGCCGCUGAUAACUCUAGCACAAUCUCUCUAUGCGCAUUCCGCACCACUGAGGGUAGGAUUUGUCUUCGUGACGAAUUACAAUACAUCCGUAACAGGUUUAAUGGAUGCCAGUGUCGCAGUUAACAAUGCGUAUCACUAUUUCGCGGACACUAGAAGUCCAAAAGAGGCUUUACAUUUCUUGUCGGAGUUAGGAAAUUACAUCGGUCAUUACGUUGACGUAGACGACAUAAAAAAGGUUGUCAGAUCCAAAGACUCGUCCGCCAGUAUACCUUACAUUCUUGGCGAGGAAUCGGAAUACGAUGUGGGACGGCAUUUAGCCAGCGACUUUAUUAAACGAUGUGGAUUUAAGAAGUUCCCACAAGCCUUGUUGAAUGGCAUACCCUUGACGCCUAAUCAAAUAAAUUCCGAAUCCUACGAGGAAGCAGUGUUAUCUACUAUUAUGUCGCAGACACCUAUGUUACAGAAAGCAGUAUAUCGAGGUGAAGUAACGGAAGGGGACGACGUCGUUGAUUUUCUUAUGAAUCAACCAAAUGUUAUGCCACGAUUGAACGAGCGUAUUUUAAAGGUGGACAAAAAUGCGUGGUUAAAUUUAAUUGGCACAAUUCCUGAAGAUGACGACUAUACUAAAUGGUCUUCUCAAAAUCUAUCAACUUAUUUAAUGAAGAAAAUGCACUACUUGUUUGUACCGCGUCGCAAUAUGCGUCAUUUAUAUUCCUUCUGGGUUGUAGCUAAUUUGAAAUCAUUGUCCGGCAGACAGUUAUUACGAGAGGCCCUCGAAUAUGUAGAAUCAAAUACUGAUGCGCGAAUUAGUGUUAUUAUUAAUGCGAAAGAUGACGCGAAUUUCAAGUCUGAUAUUAAUCAAAUUGCGCUUGCUGCAAUAAGCGCAUUAUCGCCGGAAAAGGCUAUACUUUAUAUGCGUAAAAUCCUCAAAGAAGAUAAUGCAGCUCUCAUUGCUAGUGGUAACUUUGAGAUUGAGGAAUCCGUGGCAGCAGUCUUAGAGAGUCAACCUUCGAUACUAUCGUUGCAUCAACAUUACGUUAAAACCGUCCUAAACAUGGAAGUAGAAACAAGAGCAGUUUUGUGCAAUGGCCGUAUUAUUGGUCCCUUAGAUAACAGCGAAGAAUUUACAAGUGAAGACUUCUCUUUAUUAGAAAGAUUUAGCCAAAGUACCUAUGGCGAGAAGUUAUUUAUGAAACUGAUAAAAGAUCAAAUUUUCAAUGAAGAUGAAUAUGAAGAAAAUAAUAUUACGGAUGAUACGAUUAUGAAAAUCACUUCACUCUUGGUGCCACGUCCGCAAACUCGAAGUCGGUACGAUGUUCCUUUCCACGGGGAUGAUCACAGUGUCAUAAAGAUUCCAGCAGUCAGUCCCGAUAAAGUCGCUUUCAACUUUAUUGCCAUUGUAGACCCGGUUUCACGUGGUGCUCAAAAAUUGGGCCCGAUAUUGAAAACGCUACAACAGGCCUUAAAUUGCAAUAUAAAAGUAUUUUUGAAUUGUGUAGAUAAGAACAGCGAUAUGCCAUUAAAGAGCUUUUAUCGAUUCGUGCUCGACCCUGAAUUGCAGUUUACAACAGAGGGAGAUAUCAGUGGUUCUAUCGCAAAGUUCACAAAACUUCCCACUUCGUCAUUAUUAACGCAAUACAUUCAUGCACCUGAGAACUGGCUCGUGGAAGUAGUUCGCAGUGUUUAUGAUUUAGACAAUAUUAAGCUCGAUAAUGUCGCGAUGGGCGUACAUAGUGAAUUCGAGUUAGAAUACCUGCUGCUCGAGGGUCACUGUUUUGAGGCAGUAAUGGGGAAUCCACCAAGAGGCCUUCAGUUCACAUUGGGCACCGAGAAACGGCCCGUGAUGGUUGAUACUAUAGUAAUGGCCAAUCUGGGAUACUUCCAGCUCAAGGCAAAUCCUGGCGAAUGGGUGUUGCGACUUCGGCAAGGACGAUCCGCAGAAAUAUACGACUUUACUACUGUCGACGGACAGGACAUUAUUCAGAAUGGCAAUGAUGUGAAAGUCCUGAUAAGUUCUUUGAGAAGUCACGUGUUGAAAGUAAAGGUUUCCAAGAAGCCAGAUAAGGCGGGGAUGGAUCUUUUAUCGGACAACGAGAAGGAUUCUGGAUUAUGGAACUCCAUUUCUAGCAUUGCCAAAUUUUGGACGUUUACGGCGACGGACGAAAGUGAAGACAAAGAUGACAAAUUAAAUAUCUUCUCCCUUGCCUCUGGCCAUUUGUACGAAAGAUUCUUGAAGAUCAUGAUGCUGAGUGUUGUAAAACACACUAAGACACCGGUCAAGUUCUGGUUCUUAAAAAAUUAUCUUUCACCAACGCUAAAGGACUUUCUGCCACAUAUGGCCAAAGAAUACGGCUUUGAGUACGAGCUCGUUCAAUACAAAUGGCCCCGCUGGCUUCAUCAACAGACUGAGAAACAGAGGACCAUUUGGGGAUAUAAAAUCUUGUUUCUCGAUGUGCUGUUCCCACUGAACGUUAAGAAAAUAAUAUUUGUCGAUGCCGAUCAGGUGGUAAGGGCGGAUUUGAAGGAGCUAGCGACCAUGGAUCUCGGCGGCGCACCUUACGCGUACACGCCAUUCUGCGACAGCAGAACCGAGAUGGAUGGGUUCAGAUUUUGGAAGCAGGGCUACUGGAGAAAUCACCUGCAGGGUCGUGCUUACCAUAUUAGCGCGCUAUACGUGGUCGAUCUCAAGCGAUUCCGCCGUAUCGCCGCCGGAGACAGGCUGCGUGGACAGUAUCAGGCGUUAAGUCAGGAUCCAAAUAGUUUAGCGAAUCUUGAUCAAGAUCUCCCUAACAAUAUGAUCCAUCAAGUGGCCGUCAAAACACUACCACAGGAGUGGCUGUGGUGCGAAACGUGGUGCGACGAUGCGUCUAAGAGAUAUGCCAAAACUAUAGACUUGUGUAAUAACCCGAUGACUAAGGAAGCGAAAUUACAAGCAGCCAUGCGUAUCCUGCCCGAAUGGGUGGGUUACGACGAAGAAAUUAAAACUCUGCAACAGAAGGUAGAGAAUGCUAACAGACAGACGGAGAAGGACAGUGAAACAGUCGAUCAUGUCUCCAGCCACAGUGAAUUGUAAAUUACAUUCAUACGCGACGAUCCGAGGGACCAGACUCCCCCCGCGAUCGUUGUGAAAGUUUUAUAAAAUUCUGUAUAAAGAAAUGUUCGUUUGUGCUCGAUUAACGAUCGUCAAUACGUAAAACUUUCCAUACUUCACUUUUGUAAUCGACACUUGGCACUCAAUGUGUAAAUAUUUGCCACUGGUGCUCGUGUAAACUCUGAAAAAUAAGGAUAUAUUGGAAGCUGAAGGUCUCUGUUACUUAUUCUCAUUGGAUCCGCACUUCGUAUAUAAUCAGGAAUUAUGGACUUGGCAAAUAAUCUCGUCCUUUCGUACAGCAAACGCGCAAGACCACUGCUUCUUCGGGCCAAGUGGAGGCAAGAAGUCAGUAAGUCCAAUAAUCUAAUUGUUGAUAUUACAGUAUUCUGGUUACUCAUGAGCGUGCAACGCUGUGUUCAUGGUAUUAAGCCAAUUGUGAUUGAUUAUCCACUACGAUAGUUUUAAGAAAUAAACUUGUAACAUUUGUAAAAAA